CAUUUUUUCAUUUUUUCUCUUUGUUUUUUGGUUCGGCAGAAAAGCGGAAUAAUGCAUCAUAAAUUCCAGUUUAAUGACACCCGUGAUUUCGCGUACACGCAGCGAUGCAAUCGGCGCCGUCGGGUGCUCCACGCUGGAGGCGCAGUGACGUGUCGCUGACGUGUCACGACACGUAUGCGGGGCUGUAGAAUCGGCGGACGUGAGGCCGAGUUUCGAAUCGGGCUGUUGGCACAGUUUUCCCUCUUCUCUCUUCCUCCAUAUAGGUCGAGGCCGCGAGCUAUGGUCGCCGCCGCGCCCCAUUCUCGAUCGCCAUCCCCAUCGCCAUCGCCAUCGCCAUCGCGCUCGCUGGUGGAGCUUCUUAAUCCACUCUCCUGCUUACAUGCGCUCUCGGCCUCGUCUCCUCUCGGUUGUGCGCGCUCAAUCGUUUGCCUGGAUUGAUCGCCAGCUCGCGCUCUAGCUGCAUUUGCUCUUUUCGAUGCGCCUGGCGAUAUUUCGGUAGUCUCAGUGGGACAAAACCCCCUUUCGCAAGGUGAUGCUCCUGUGAGAGACAAGAAUGGGCAAAUCUAGCCGGUGGUUUUUGAGCUUCAUUGGAGUCAAGUCGAGCAAGUCCUCGUCUUCGUCCUCCAAGGAGAAGAUCUCUUCGUUUGAAGAACGCAAGAGCGAGGAGUCCAGUAAGAAGAAGCCGCGAGAGAGGCGCAGGUGGAGCUUUGGAAGAUCGUCUGCCAAAGACUCGGCUGUAGCAGAUGCCGUUCGCAAGAGCGACGAUCAGCGUCGCCAUAGUCACCACCAUCCUCUGCAUGACUUUGAUAUUAGCGACAGCCUCUCUUUCGAAAAGGACCAGAGCAAGCAUGCAAUUGCGGUUGCGGCUGCCUCCGCUGCGGCUGCCGAGGCUGCCGUGGCUGCUGCUCAAGCAGCGGCCGCAGUGGUUCGUCUCACCAGCACUGGAGGCUCGUUCCGUGGAUGCGUGAGUUUGGAAGAGUGGGCCGCAGUGAUCAUCCAGACUGGCUUCCGAGGAUAUCUCGCUAGAAGAGCGCUGCGAGCUCUCAAGGCUGUGGUCAGGUUGCAAGCUUUGUUCCGCGGUCAUCUUGUUCGUAAACAAGCUGCCCUUACACUCCACUGCAUGCAGGCGCUUGUUAAAGUUCAAGCUCGUGCUCGUGCACGUCGUGCAUCCGACGAAGGCCUGCCGCCCCAACAGCAGCUUCGUCACCGGCGACAGCAGCAUCAGCAAGAUGUCCGUCCUAGAAAAUCCGUGGACGGAUGGGAUACCUCGGCUAGAAGCGUGGAUGACUUGCAGUGCAAGUUCGAUCAAAAGCAGAUCGGACUUCUCAAGCGCGAAAGAGCGUUGGCUUAUGCUUAUGGCCACCAGAGUGGAGCCAACAAUCUUGGCUGUGAGUCGGAAACUAGCCCCUGGGAAUGGAGCUGGUUGGAACGAUGGAUGGCUGCUCAUCCAUGGGAAACUCAGGGAGGAGGUCCUCCCGCGGAGGAGAGCACCAGAAGUGCUCCUGAUGCUGCGCAGCAAGACAGAAGCUCCGAGAGCAGUGCUAAAGUGGUGGAGAUAGACUCGGCCAGAUUUUCAAAGCGCAGGCCGAGAAGAAAGUCUGGGUUGUCAUCCGAAUCGAUAACAUUUGAUACCAACACUUGGUCGACAUCGCCACCACCGAACCGCCCCGCCGAAAAACAGCAGUUCUAUGCCGCGAGCUUCGACAGGUUUAGCAACGACGUGCAAGAGAAGAUCUACUCGGCUUUUGUUGGCGACUACGAUGAUGAGGACAGCUUCCUCUCAACUGCCAAGAGCAGCCCCGCAUUCUCUACGACUGGCUCCAAGACCACCAAAAGCAACGCUUUUCUCUCCAACAGGAGCGAGCAACACCAGGCCGACGAGCUCUACAGCUACAACUACGAUGGCUUUCCCAGCUACAUGGCUUCUACGAAAUCGACCAAGGCAAAGUCCCGCUCUCAGAGCGCUCCAAAGCAAAGACCGUCGAGUUCGUCCGAGAGGCAGCAGCACCAUUCGAGGAAGCGGAACUCCCUGUCGGGACUGGAUAUGCGGCCGGGCAAUGGAAACUUUGGAGGCUCCUCUCGACACCACCAGCAAAGGCAACAGCAAAUCUCUCCGGCGAGAAGGAACAGCAACAGCAAUCGUGGAGCUUUCACUGGGCCUCUCUCUUUGGAUCGAUCGUGGAUGAGCUUGCGAGACGCGGGAGGAGAUUUUCGAAGGCCUUUCAGGCCGUGAAGAAGAUUGCAUGAGAAAAAGUUAAGCUUUAAACUCUACAAAAGCGUUGUAGACUUUCCAGUCUGAGAUGUGUAAAAGGAGAAUCUCAGUACGUGAAUCCUGUAGAAUCGAGCACAAAAACCAAGAACGCAGUGCUUACAAAGGCGUUUAACGUCUUCCUUCAUGAAGUGUUCGUUUUGAUAACUCCUCAAGGAGCAAUAAGAAUAGCAUACCAACACCGAAAGCUGCUGCUGUGAUCA